CAUGGGUGUCAAGUGGAGAGCUGGUAUUAGGUAGCAUUUUUCCUCAUACCGGUUAGGGAGGCAGGAGUUGAGGGAGCUGACGGUUAAUAAACCAUUUGUGUGGUGACCUUGUCGACGUACACAUUUUACCCUUGAGCAACACAUUUCAUUACCUUCUUGACAAAGGGCUGCACGUUAUUCCCCAGACAACGGAGGACUCCUAGGGAAGACCAAAGGCUGUAAAAUGAGAAGGAGCACUGAUGGAACGAAGGGCCGUGGUCUAGAUGAAGCACAUCUAGAGCUCCUUGACAUCAGCAGAGACCUCCACAGAAGCAGCUCUAUGCAGACUACCACCAUAGAGGAGGAGGGGAUUGAUCGCAUAGAUGGACUGUUCAGUCGUAAUAGCUUUAAGAACCACAAUAAAACAUUCCAGAAACAUUUCCCGGAGAUUUCUGAGACAGAGGAAUUGACUCUUGCAUUCACCUGUGCCAUUCAAAAGGAGGUGCUCUAUCAUGGAAAGAUGUACGUGUCAGAGCAGCAUGUAUGUUUCCACUCUUCAGUUCUGCUGAAGGAGACCAAGGUUGUGAUUCAUGCUUCUGCAGUACAGUAUGUAAAGAAAAAGAACGUGGCACGGGUUGUACCCAACGCAAUCGAAAUUCUCACCAACAGUGGAGAGAAGUACCUGUUUGUGUCAUUGCGGAAUCGAGAUGCAUGUUUCAAACUCUUGCAGUCACUGUGUCCACAGCUACAGACUGUAAGUGCCAACAGCAGCCAUCUAAUGUCUUCUCCAGUAAACAGCCAUGAACUGGAAACUGACACAAUUUCCAGCCACUCCAGUCAGGAAGACAGUACAGAUCAACGCAGGUUCUCUAACCCAGAGCAUGACAAAAGUCUGGGCAGCACCUUGUCCUCCCUCUCAGUCACCGACAUCCCAAAUGGUCAAGCAACAAGUAGCUCCACGACACGCAGCAGCACCAGCAGAGACGGACACUCUACAGAAGAGGAGGAAACAGCAGCUGUCUCCUGGGUCACCAUGGUAACAGAGAAGAUCAAAUCAUUCCUCUCCAUGAGCAGGACAACCAACAUCAGCAAGGUCUUCAUCAUCUACCUUGUACUAGUGGCACUCCUGCUCCUGACGUCCGGUUACAUUGGUCUGCGCAUCAUAGCUUUGGAAGAGCAGCUGAAUACACUGGGAGCAAUGUCCGAGUUUAGCCUACAGAGAGAGUACAAGAAAACAUAAUUCUGUGUCUGCAUGAAGAGGCUGAAGGACAUUGGAAGACCAAAUAAAACCAAGAAACCUCCACAUUUUUAAAACCAAGAAACCUCCACAUUUUUAAAUGCAGCUCAACAAGAUGUCUUCAUAGACAGCAUGAGCUGAUCCAGAAACACAGCAGGCUGCAUUCGCCGCAGGUAUACUCCGGCUCCAGCUGUGUCCUGAAUAGCUCAUUGCAUUUUUUUUGGGAAAGCUCUGCCAAGCAGUUACUGUGACAAAACCAAAAGAAGAAUUAAUACAAUGUGAAGAUCUUCUGAUGCCCUCCAUUUCAGUAACGUUUUUAAUGUCCUCGUCAGCGUUUACUUCUCGUUUCCCCAUGCCACAUUAUGCCCAGCGCCACGCCCAUCUCUGUUAUAAGAGCUGGUCCAUUACUGUGUUGUCUGUUAGAUGAUCCCUAAGAGAAAGAGAAGCCGCAUUUAUCUUUUAAACCCCCAUAAAAUGAUGAUUACCAUUCGCUUCUAGCUUGCUGAGCUAAGAGCCACACAGCUAGCAACAACAUAACAGAAAAAGAGCAACAGAUGAAGACUUUUAUUAGGUUUCUAUUGAAACCUAGUCCCUGCUGUCCUUAUGCCACUCAUGUAUGUGUUGCACAUUUCUGAGUGGUGAGGUGAGGUAGAAGAGGGCAUAUUAAAACCAGUAUUGAAAUGGAGGGUUAGUUGCUUAGAACUCUGGGCUCCAGGCUAACCUUUUUAGAAUUGUGCCUCAAAAAAUACUGUGAAAAUUUACACUUUGCUGUAGAAUUUCUGGAAAACCGCACUACAGGUUUCCAAACGACAGAUGUCAGACAGGAAUAUGCACAACACAUGUUUAUCACACAUGCAUGCACGCAUACACACUCACACGAUGAACACAAACACAUCUAUGGUCCAUAAAUACAUUUAUACAGUAUGUACGGUGUGUAUCAAAAGCUCUGUAACAAAAUACAGAAUAUUUUCAAGCAUCACUUUAUUCCUUGUAACAAACUGCUUUCCAGAAAUGCGAAAGAAAUCUGUAAAUUGAAAUUGUGUUUAGGUUUUCUUGCAAAAACUCUAAAGCAUUGCUACAUUUAAGGUGGGCAUGGAUGGCUGGAACAUUCAUGAUUUUAUGACAUUUACAUUUACAGCAUUUAGCAGAUGCUCUUAUCCAGAGCGACUUACAAGAAGUGCUUUGUCUAUCU